GUUUUACUAUAUAAAGCUGGAGUUUUUGUUUUUUUUUGUUAACAUCAAGUUACUUCUCAACGAAAUGUCACUACGGAUGCAAGUGAUAUUAUUAAUUGUCCUUUUUGGACUAGCCAAUUCUGCCAAACCAAAAGAACCUAAGAAGCAAUGUGUUGACAACACUUUGUACGCCAAAUAUGCGUGUGAACAUCAAAAAGAUGGAGUAAAGAUUUUGGUCCCUGGAAAAUGUUCAGAAUACUACGAAUGCUCGAACGGAUUGAGCAAGAAGAAGACUUGUCCGAAAUUCUUUGAUCCAAAGACUCAAAAAUGUGUAUCUCAAUCGACAUGUGUCGAGGUUGAUAAUACAGACUGUAUUAUACCCACACCACCACCAUGCUCUGGAAAACCACCAACGCCAGCACCACCAACACCUUCAACUCCUUGUGAAUGCCCAGCUCCAACACCUCCACCAACAUGUCCAGCUCCUCCGUCAUGUCCACCACCAAUUGCUUGCCCAAAACCUCCCUCAUGUCCACCACCAACUGAAUGUCCAGCACCUCCAACUUGUCCAGGAUAUCCAGUAGAACCUCCAGUACAACCUCCAGUACAACCUCCAGUACAACCUCCAGUACAACCUCCAGUAGAACCUCCAACCGUCCCUACGCCGAAACCACCAUGUCCACCACCCUCAGGAGGUCCAUGUGGCAAUUGGUUCAAUCCCAACGAUUUGUACGGUUCAUUCGUCUGUAAAAACAAGGCCGAUGGAACUAAGUUGAUUGCUCCAUCAAGCUGCCGCGAUUACUAUUAUUGUAUUGGAGGACAUUCUUAUCGCAAGUUCUGUGGAAGUAACUAUUACUUCGAUCCAAAAGUUGGUGCCUGUGAUUUGAAGAGCAAUGUUCACUGCCCGUCCGAAACAAAAUUGGUGCUUUAAACAGGUCCAAUCGUUAUAAAUUUUGGAUGUUUCAUACAAAACAUAAAUAAAAUAUUAAAUCGGAAUUUGAAGAUUAAAAGUAAA